UGCGUCAUGAUACUCGUCAAUUGUCGACAAGGCCAGGAUGGAGACCGAGAUGCGGAGCGAGGGUACGCAAGAGAAGGGUGUAGCCGCCAAAGAAAUGGAGGAUCCGUCAGACUACUAGAGCGUAUAAAGGGGAGAGUGAGCGAGCAGGGCAAGACAUCUGACUCACCGUCUCUCCCAUUUCUCCAACGAUGCAGCGCGCCCUCGCUCUUGCCCUCCCGCUCACCCUCGCAUCCUACGCUGCGGCGUCUGUCGCAGGCCCUGUCAUAAACUCAGACUUCCCUGAUCCUUCGAUCCUUAAGACCAGCGGUGGGACGUACGCCUACGCCACCAACGGCGCAGGCUACAACAUCCAGGUUGCCACUUCGCCCGAUGGAGGCAACACCUGGAGCCUUCUUGCCCAGGAUGCUCUUCCUGACGUUGGUUCCUGGGCCCAGGGCAACAACGGGAACACCUGGGCGCCCGAUGUGAUCGACCGAGGAGACGGUACCUUCGUUAUGUACUACGCCGCAUUGAACCCAACGGAAAACACUCACUGUGUUGGUGCGGCCACCUCCACGAACCCCGAAGGGCCGUUCAACCCCGAGUCCGAUCCCAUCGCCUGCAAUACUUCCCAAGGCGGUGCCAUCGAUCCUGCGGGCUUCCAAGACACGGAUGGCACGCGUUAUGUCGUGUACAAGGUCGACGGCAACAACCUUGGAGGUGGCGGAUCGUGCGGAAACGGCGACGGGAGCCACUCGACGCCUCUCAUGCUUCAGCCGAUGCAGAGCGACGGCGUCACGCCCAAUGGCGAUGCCGUCCAGAUCCUCGACCGUGACGCUGGAGACGGUCCCCUGAUUGAGGCGCCCAAGCUUGUCCUGGUCAACGGAGUUUAUGCGGUUUUCUUCUCGUCAAACUGCUACAACACCGACCUAUACGACGUCAGCUACGCUACGGCGUCGUCCGUCAAGGGACCCUACACCAAGGCGGGUACGCCCCUCCUCGUUACGGGCAACGACGGCCUAACCGCCCCCGGUGGCAUGACACCAACCCCCGACGGCUCGUUCGCUGUCUUCCACGCCACGUCGAACCCCAGCCCUCUCACGCGGCCAAUGUGGACUGCGCAGCUGACUUGGAACGGCAACACUGUUACUGCUGCAUAAGUGAAAGGAGGGAGUCAGAAACUUGCACUUUUCUAUGGAUUAUGUAUUUUGCAUAUGGUUUAGAUUCCUUGCGCUGUAAAAGUAGACAUUCAUAUUCAUCAUCCGGUUUCGAUC